GGGAGACAAAGCCGUUUGCAAAACCUGGAGGUGUCUACGUCACCAGCCGGCAUGACCCCUACAUCCUCCACGCUGCUGCUGCUGCUGAGAUGUGAUUUAAUGGGAGGACAAAUAUGUCCGUCUGUGAAUGAGUGAACGUACCAAGAGACAUUUUAUUUACCCGUGUGUGUUUGUGUGACACUUCGGUCUUGUCAGAAAAAAAGAGAGGACGCUAACUGCUCAGAGGAGUGGACGUCAAGCUGUUUUCUGCCCUCAACAGCAUCACCGGUCCACUGCACUUCUGAGGAGCUUGCUGCUUUCUUCAGGCGUUUCUUCCUCUCCGCUCGCUAUUUCCCCAGACCCCCUCGCUGCUCCCAGGUAACCUGUGGGCAUUACUCGGCACGCUCGGAGCCUCCAGGCAGACAGACCCAGCUAUCAUUAGAGGCUCUGUAGGAAAAGGUCAUCGUCGUCCCCCAGCCGGUGAAGAAGCCAUGCUUAUCUGCUCACCUCAUGGCUGUGCCGCAGUGACCAUCACCCCCCUCCAGUCCAAGCUGGUGUUUGUUCUGGCCCUCGCUGUCCUUUUCUGCCCCUUUGACCAGGUGACAUGUAAGGGGGAAGGUCAGACACAGUCCCCUGCCCAGGUGCUGCAGGACCUGCUGUCCCGCUAUGGGGACAACAGCACCAUCACGGUGCCCCAGCUGCGCUCCCUGCUGGCCCUGCUCAGCCAGGGCCAGGUUGAAGAGGACAACAUCAGCAGCAAUGUGCCCGAGAUACCUAAAACAACCACGCCCCCCAAAACCAACAGCUCCAAGUGCUUAGCUGCAGACACACUGGCCAUUUACAGCAUCAGUGAGCAGUCCCGGCUGGAUGGGCAGGGCCUCCAGGAGCUGUGCCCCACCAUGCUGCAGCAGCUGGAUGCUGGCACCUGCAGGGCGCAAAAAGAGGAGGAGUCAAGCAUUGGCCCCAGGCCAACGGACGCCGAAGUGUGGGGUUUUUCUUUCCUGAGCGUCACAAUCAUCAAUCUAUUCUCCCUCACCGGAGUCUUCAUCAUGCCCCUGAUGAAGACGCGCUAUAUGAAACAGGCGCUCACCUUUUUCAUCGCUCUUGCCAUUGGCACGCUGUUCUCCACUGCCAUCCUGCAGCUCCUGCCAGAGGCCUUUGGUUUUAACCCCAUGGUGGAUAACUACGUGUCCAAAUCAGCCGUGGUCUUCGCUGGCUUUUACCUCUUCUUCUUCACUGAAAAGGUCCUCAGAGUGCUCCUCAAACAGAAAAAUGGGGGUCAGGACCAGGGCCAGGGCCAGGGCCACGGUCACAGUCAUUACCCGAGUGCAGAUCAUUACUCGACCCCUGACGGAGAUGUGGAGGGCGAGAAGGAGAAGCUGCAGCAGAACGGAGAGGCCAGCAGUCUGGCCCUGGGCAAAGUGGACGCAGGGGAGGGGGAGCUCAUGCUCAGCCCCGCACAGACACCACAGGACUCCCAGAGCCCAGAAAGUGGGGGUCGGUCCCGCAGUGGCAGGGGCUGCUAUUGGCUGAAGGGGGUCGCCUACUCCGACAUCGGCACGCUGGCCUGGAUGAUCACAUUGAGCGACGGCCUGCACAACUUCAUCGACGGCUUGGCCAUCGGCGCCUCCUUCACUUCCUCCGUCUUUCAAGGCGUCAGCACCUCCGUGGCCAUCCUGUGUGAGGAGUUCCCCCACGAGCUCGGAGACUUUGUGAUCCUGCUGAACGCUGGCAUGAGCAUACAGCAGGCUCUGUUCUUCAACUUCAUGUCGGCCUGUUGCUGUUACCUGGGCAUGGGCUUUGGCAUCCUUGCCGGGAACAGCUUCUCCCCCAACUGGAUCUUUGCCCUGGCGGGGGGAAUGUUCCUGUACAUCGCUCUGGCAGACAUGUUUCCAGAGAUGAACGAGGUGAGUCGUGAGGAGGAGGAUGCGGGCGGCAGCAGCUUCCUUGUCAUUUUUGCCAUCCAGAACGCCGGCCUGCUGACGGGCUUCUCCAUCAUGCUCCUCCUCACCAUGUACUCGGGGCAGAUACAGCUGGGCUAGCCCGGCCUCCUCUGGACCAACACCUGCUCUGACCAGCGUGAAAUGAAACUGAGGUGUCAGCGUGUUUGUGCUGGGGUAAACUGACCCCAAGGGGAGGGAACUACUUUCUCGAUCCCCAGUUUCCAGGACCCCGGAGUCUGGGUAGUUUGGCUGCUGUGCGGCAGGUACCCACACCUCCUCUACCGUAAAUAUUUAAUGUAACCGUUCGUUCAAAGUUCACACAUGCAGUAGAUCCCAACAGAAGGGGGCAGGCUUCUUUUUUUUAGGUUUUGUCAACCUUUCCCUGACAGCUGCUUAAAGUCUAGAAAUAUCAACUGAAGCAUCGUCUGCAGGGACGAGUUAAAGACUUUUGAACUUAAAGUAUGUGCAAUACUCAGCCAGUCACACUUCUCUCUAUUCCCUAGACUACUGACCAGCCAUUUUGGCUUCUGCUCUUGUGAUUUUCCCCCCCGCCCCCCUUGUCCUUUUCCUCAGUGUACGUCAUUGAGCCACAACUGUAGAGAUUCAACAGUAUUUAUAUCACUUAUGGUCUUUGCCCGCAACGCUUCCUCAGGAGGUGGGAAAAGCACAAUCAGGUUACAGCCGCUGUAUUAAUAACAUUAUUGAGUCUCUACUGUUCUGUUCCCUCCUUUUCCUUUUAUCAUUAUAUACCAAAAAUAAUUUGUUACGGAUCUAAACUGGAAUUUGAAUGAAGUUUCGACAUCAAACUGACUUUGACUUCCUGCUGGACUCUGUUGUUUGUGCGUUAAUUUUUUAUACAUGAGAAGAAACCUGAAGACCAAAUAUGGGCAGGCCAUUGAGAAUGGUGAAGGGCUACACAGUGACGUUUGGUGGGAAAACUUCUCUUCGGCAUGCAGUCGAAAAAAUGUCCCAACCGGAUAUGUGAAGCGACAUAAAGAGCAGAGUUUGUGGCUUCAUCCAGGCGACAUUUUGUGCAUAUAGUUAACCAUCUGUGCCCCUUAUUAGCAGUGAAUAUAUAUAUAUAUAUAUUUUUUUUUUACAGUGACAUUCAAAAAUGCUUUAAGCUGAAUCAUAUAUGCACACACACACACCUCGCCUUCUUUACUGUAACCUUAUCCAUAUUAAUCACUGAAAAAUGAAGUCAUAUACUAUAUAUUAGGUUGUUAUGACUAACCUGUGAGUUACAUUACAUGGCCUAAAGUAUGCGGACAUGCUUGUAUGCACUUCUGGUCUGGGGCAGUUUUUCAUUGUUGGCUCCAAUUUGUCCCUCUAAAAUAUUACUGUUGUUUGAUUUACAGAUUAAUAUAUAUAAUAUCUGUAGAACUUUGACAGCUAUUAUUAGGCAAAAUACAAAUCGUAGCACAAGUUGGGUUAAGCGUUACUUAAAUGAAUAGCUGAAAGAGUUAGUCAAUUACCCUGCAAUGAUGGUUUUUUCAGUUCUUAUUUUGGUUAAUGCUAAUGUUUUUUUUUGUUGGACAAAUUCCCCAAACUCACUGGCUCCAGCCAUUUUGCCAUGUUGGUCAACAAAAAACAAUCGGAGCAGACUGGGCUCUGGUUUCAGACAGAGGGUGAAAAGAGGUGCUGCAGCACAGGCAGUAUGAGAAACAAUAAAGAGUUUUUUGAACAUUGAAACAUGGAGACAUGUCACAGUAGAGACACUACAUACAAAUAUGAACCUGAAAAUGAGCAGAAUAAAGCCGCUUUAAUAUCCACAUACUUAUGGCCAAAACAAACUGUUUAUGAUCUGUAAAGCUGAUUGUUUACGGGAGGGUUCAGGGAUAUUAGUGUCCGUCAUAUUGUACAACAACUGAAACAAUAUUUAUUUUUAAGGAUAAAACAGCCAUUCACACCAUAGCAACAUCAUCUUUUGUGGAACUGUUAAGACCACAAAUCACUCACCAUAUAUGAUCUAUAUUUAGUGAGAAAAUUAAACACAGAAUAAAUGUUCCAUCCUCACUAACAAACCCACCGUUCUGUAGAUUCAACAUGUUAUAUAGUUUUAGAGAUAGAAACUGGAAGUCAUAAUGGCUGUCUCCUUGACUGACCUCACUUUCUGUGUUUUUCCUGAAAGCUUUUUAAACGUGUACCAUGAGGUACAGUAUUACUGCUGCUCUAUGGGAGGUUAUGUAUUGAUGUUUGAGCCAUACGAUAUUUAUUUUAUGCUUUAAACUCUAAAUGAAGAAUUCAGUGUCAGUUUACAAAACAUGCAACUAUACAAAUAUUGUUUUGUUUAUCUUUGCUUCAAUAUUUAAUUUGGAAUAAAUGGGAUAUUGCAUUGCAUAUUUAAAUGAUAAGUUUAAAAAGUCAGAUCUUAUACACACAGAUGCAGAAUUGCUGGUCAGUUAUUAUAAUCUAAACUUUGUAAUAUUAAGGUCAGACACAAACCAUUCAAUCAGAUGAUGCCUUCAGGAGCACACAGACGACAACGGUGCAGUAACACAUACAACAGAAGUUUCCCUUUUUGAACGUCAAAUUAACCAAUCAAUGUUUGUUUUUCUUGAGAUUUUUAAAAUAUUCUAAUUAUUGUAAUUUAAGGGAAUCCUCAUCAGCUUUCUCUGUGUCAUGGAAAUCUUUUUUAUAAACAUCCUUUUUCCUA